AUGGGCAAGCGCAAGACCUGGCCCAACAAAACUUGUGGAGGAAUUGCGAAGGUUUGCAAAGAGGCAGUGGCCGCCGUCCGCGCUCACAGUCCUCAUCAGCUCUCGAUGAUCGAGGAGGCUUCCCGCGAAUCGACCCCUAUGAUUGCGACCGGAGGCAAUCCAGUUGUUUCUGCCGAUCACCUUCACGACUACCCUACUGAAGAAAUUACUUACGAGAAGUUCGACAGUUCUGACAUUCUUGAAGAGUAUGUGCACCAGAACACCGACUACCGCUUUGAUGAGGGUGCUUCCAAUGUUGGCCCCCUAGGCUUCCGCCAAGGGGACCUAAUCCAGCACAACGCAGACACUGUUUUGUACGGUAAUUGGGAACAGGACAAUAACCUGGAAGACUUCGACCGCUGUUCCAGUUCAAGCACUCAGAAUGCUAGCUUGAAGAUGGGUAGCUCAUCUAGAGCGAAGGAUUGGUCGAUGUUCCAGAGCAAUCUGGUCGACUAUGGCCCGGACGACCCCAGCCCGCGACUUCCAGGCUGCUCUGCCGGCCACCCCUACAAUAAGACGUGGAAACUGACGGAUUCAAUGAUGAUGGCUUACAAUGCCAUGCGAGGCCCCCCUUUGCUGCCGGGAAACGAUCCUCUGCGCAAUUGGAUGGCCAUCAAGGCGACAGAAUCCAUGAACGAGUCCACGAUGGGGUCCACAACGGCCGAGUCGUUUCAAACAUCUCGAGAAACGGCAAGCCAGGGCACAAGAUCUGUGACGCAGACAUCGCCGUCAAAGGAUACAACUCAGACAUCUGGACUGAGUUCUGGGGAGAAACGAGAGAUGGAGGAUUAUGCCAAGAUGCUGAAGGAGGCCAACAUGGCUACAAAAGAGUAUGCACCUCCUGAGACGGAUCGCAACCCAGCCUACGAAGUGCCCCGUCCCAGAUAUCUUCACGUCUCGCCCAAGUUCAACAACUUCAAGUUUGAAGACUACAUGCCUCCCGAGGUUUCUAUGCCUGAGUCGGCUUACAAGCCGCCAUACGAUAUUAAUCGUGACUUCGGUAAGAGUAGCCUGACUUUUCUCGUGGACACGUUCUCAUCUGUGACAGCUGAUGAGUAUGACAUCUCGGAUGACGAGGGUGACCCUGAAUCGGGACGUGUAUCGCCGUGCACAUUCCGUCUACUAGCUGAAAGUUGCUCUCGACGAGACCCUCAGACAAAUCAAGUCUUUAUGGCGGAGGAUGCUCAACGCAUGCGCCCGGAGACGCCCCUUGAGGAUAAUGACAGACAUCUCGUCAUCGACCGACUUACGCUCUCCUUUGAGCUCCAGAGAGACGUCAACGAUGGGGGUUGGAUCACACCGUGCUACUCAGUAGAAUCAGAGCCCUCCAUCAUCUUCAGCGUUACCCUCAAGCACAAGAUGCGCAACUGGUGGUUCGGCCUCUUUGACCGUAUGGAUCCGAUUGCGGCGCGCCGCUUCCGCAAAGUCCAGUUCCGCGAGGCCAACGACCCUAUUACGCCCCUCGAGACGACCUCGGUCCGCUCGGUCGUCUCCUCCAGUACGUCCAGCGAUGACGGGAUCGGCAACUACAGGAAGUCCUACACUGAUGCUGAGGUCCUCGAAGCGCUGCAUUCGCCCACCAGUCGCCGUGUUGCCGGCGUCGCCCCCCAGAACGCCCAGCUCAUCAUCUCGCAGCGCUGGCAGACUGUCACCCGAUGGAAGAACCAAGAUGCAGAGAUGACGCGUGAGAACGACAACAUGCGCGGCGCCAUUGAGCGUGCCAAGAUGGAGCUGCGAGAGAUCCGGCUGGCGGUUGACCACAUCGUGCAGAAGAAGGCCACGGAGGACAUGGCGAUGCGGCAGCGCAAUCACAGGCGGAUCCUUCGCCAGGUUUCGGCACACCUCCACGAGCUGCGGUACGAGAUCCAGAGCAAGUUCGACGCUCUCAAGCAUGCACAGACACAAAACCAGAGCAUGAAGGCUGAGCUGGCGCUGCUUGAGUGGCAAAUCAAGAAUGAAUGCGCGAGGGCUGAAAUGGCGAGCCCCGAUGAGGUCCGCAAGGCGGUCUCGGAGCACUUCCGGGAUAAGAUGGUCGCUCUUGAGCUUGCAGACUGCUUCUGA